GUGGGGGAACUAACUACCCUGUGGGUGGGGGCCAAGGAGGCCAGGGCUUCAGUUUGUCGGCAGCAGGAAGGAGAGGUAGCCCGACUCACAUUUCUGCUUCUCUGGGCUUCAGGUCCCUCUUCCUUGCUCAGCUCUGGUCACCGGCCUGCCUCGGACUCCUGGACCGGGAACUGCACCAACCACUUCUCCCAGCAAGGGGGCUCCAGAGACUGCGCAACCAGGAAGUCUGGUGGCCUGGAGCUUUGCAAGCACAAGAGAAGGGAGCUGAAAGCCCAAAGAAACCCAAUUUUGGAAGAGUGUAACUUGGGUCAUCUCUGCCGGACAGUGCCUUGGUAAUGUCCAGGGCUCUAGGAAGACAUGUCCUUGUGGCUGGAGGCAUCUGGGCCUGUUGUUUCUCCUGACUCUGCAGUGGAACUGUGGGAGCCAGACACCCAAGAUGCAAGCAGCCAGGCCCAAGGAGGCAGCACCUUCCUUAGAGAGGAUUCCAGGAUGCCUCCAUCUGCUGGGGGCCCUUUGGGCCUGCGGCUGGAGGCAGAAGAGCGCACUGCCCUGCUUACGGAGCCCACAGAGCUCCGUCCACAAAAACGGAAAAAGGGGCCAGCCCCCAAAAUGCUGGGGAAUGAGCUGUGCAGUGUGUGCGGGGACAAGGCCUCUGGCUUCCACUACAACGUGCUGAGCUGUGAGGGCUGCAAAGGAUUCUUCCGCCGCAGUGUCAUCAAAGGAGCUCGCUAUGUCUGCCACAGUGGCGGCCAUUGCCCCAUGGACACCUACAUGCGUCGCAAGUGCCAGGAGUGUCGGCUUCGCAAAUGCCGCCAGGCGGGCAUGCGAGAAGAGUGUGUUCUGUCAGAGGAACAGAUCCGUCUAAAGAAACUGAAGCGACAAGAAGAGGAACAGGCUCAGACCACAUCUGUACCCCCAAGAGCUUCCUCACCUCCCCAAGUCCUGCCGCAGCUCAGCCCUGAGCAGCUGGGCAUGAUUGAGAAGCUGGUGGCCGCCCAGCAACAGUGUAACAGGCGCUCCUUUUCUGACCGACUUCGAGUCACGCCGUGGCCCAUGGCACCAGAUCCCCAGAGCCGGGAAGCACGUCAGCAGCGCUUUGCCCACUUCACAGAGCUGGCCAUCGUUUCCGUGCAGGAGAUUGUUGAUUUUGCCAAACAGCUCCCUGGCUUCCUUCAGCUCAGCCGGGAGGACCAAAUCGCUUUGCUGAAGACCUCUGCAAUUGAGGUGAUGCUUCUAGAGACAUCUCGGAGGUACAACCCUGGCAGUGAGAGUAUCACCUUUCUCAAGGAUUUCAGUUAUAACCGGGAAGACUUUGCCAAAGCAGGACUACAGGUGGAGUUCAUCAAUCCCAUCUUUGAUUUCUCCAGAGCCAUGAAUGAGCUUCAACUCAAUGAUGCAGAGUUUGCUUUGCUCAUUGCCAUCAGCAUCUUCUCUGCAGGACCGAUUAAUGUUCCCACGGAUGCUAAUGAAACUGGUGAGCCUCCGGACACUGAGCAGCGUCCACUCAGAGCAAGUGUUUGCGCUCCGCCUGCAGGACAAAAAGCUCCCCCCGCUUCUCUCAGAGAUCUGGGAUGUGCACGAGUGACUCUUCUUUCCCUCUGUGUUCUGGGCUGUGUGGCUGGAGGACCCCUAACUGCCUCCAUGGGGUGGGACAGACUGAGAAGGGCAAAUAGUCCUGGGAGCUAGGUGAAAGAGCUUCUCAGUGGCUUUGGAGAGUAUGUGUGUGUGUGAGUGAGUGAGGGGGAGGGGAAUGUUGUUAAAAUGAUGUUUCAUCUGAUGACAGUAUUAACCCAGUCAAGUGGAUGAACCAUGGGCCACUUUGCAUAAGGUUCUCCAGCGCCCUGCCCAUUCUGCCUUCACCACUUCCUGUUUUUUUCCCCCAAGGGGGACCUCAAAAGAUAUUCUCCACUGUCACUCUGCAGCUUGGCCAUAAACGCCUCGGGGCUGGUACUUGAAACAGGAAGACCGAGAUAAAUACAGAGAGAAAAGAAUUUCUGCAUUAAGGCUGAGGACUCGGCUCUAGAGGGGGAAGCCUGUGUCCUGUAGGAUCCGCCUCCAGACUCAGUCAAGGCUGUCAGUAAGAGGGAGCCUCAUUUCACAGUUCCACGGCGCAGUCUUGAUA